AUGAAGUUCACCUUGGGCCUGGGGUCGCGGGCCUGGAGAGUGUCCUGGGAGCGGGCGGCGGCGGCGGCUGCGGCGGUGGGCCCUGGGGCAGGCGGCGCGCUGGGCAGCUGCUCACUGCGCGUCUCCAGCCGCCGCGGCCCUCGGCUCGCACGCGCCCUCCCUCUAUGCCUCUCCGGCGGUGGCGGCGCCCGAGCUCUCCCGGACUGCGCCGGGCCCAGUCCCCGCCGCUCCGGCGCCAGGCAGCUGGCUGGCCCGCGCGCGAUGGAGCAGACGUACGGUGAAGUGAACCAGCUUGGUGGUGUGUUCGUUAAUGGCCGUCCUCUGCCCAACGCUAUUCGCCUACGCAUCGUAGAGCUAGCACAGCUGGGUAUCCGACCCUGUGACAUCAGUAGGCAACUGCGGGUCUCCCACGGCUGCGUGAGCAAGAUCCUGGCGCGCUACAACGAGACCGGCUCCAUCCUGCCCGGGGCCAUUGGGGGCAGCAAACCCCGAGUCACCACUCCCAAUGUAGUGAAACACAUCCGGGACUACAAGCAGGGCGACCCUGGCAUCUUUGCCUGGGAGAUCCGUGACCGGCUACUGGCUGACGGCGUCUGUGACAAGUACAACGUGCCCUCUGUGAGCUCCAUCAGUCGCAUCCUGAGAAACAAGAUCGGCAGUCUGGCGCAGCCAGGACCCUAUGAAGCAAGUAAGCAGCCGCCUCCGCAGCCUGCGCUGCCUUACAAUCAUAUCUACCAGUACCCCUACCCCAGCCCAGUGUCGCCCACGGGCACCAAGAUGGGCAGCCAUCCCGGGGUCCCCGGCUCAGCGGGUCACGUCAGUAUCCCUCGUUCAUGGCCCUCUGCACACUCGGUCAGCAACAUCUUGGGCAUCCGGACGUUUAUGGAGCAAACAGGGGCCCUGGCCGGGGGCGAAGGCGCUGCCUACUCCCCCAAGAUGGAAGACUGGGCGGGUGUGAACCGCGCGGCCUUCCCCACCUCUCCAACAGUGAAUGGGCUCGAGAAACCUGCCUUGGAGGCCGACAUUAAAUACACUCAGUCGGCUUCCAGCCUCUCCGCAGUGGGCGGCUUCCUCCCCGCCUGUGCCUACCCGGCUUCCAACCAGCACGGUGUGUACAGUGCUCCAGCAGCGGGCUACCUGUCUCCCGGCCCGCCCUGGCCACCGGCCCAGGCACCCCCGCUGGCGCCCCACGGAGCUAGUGUGGCGGUUCACGGCGGGGAGCUUGCAGCAGCAAUGACCUUCAAACACCCCAGCCGAGAAGGGGCCGAGAGGAAGCCGCCCAGCCCGGGCGGCAAGGCCACAGACGCACUCGGUAGCUUACACGGACUGCCCAUCCCGGCCUCGACCUCCUAG